ACUUCUUGCAGAGAUUCAACUACAUCGUACAGAUUUCGAGGAUGAACGACUCUUCGGAACCCCCUCGAACCCUGUACGAAGGCAUCUCCCAGCUCCUUACUCAAUACAGUGACAAGAGACCCAUCUACGACAUGUCAGACUUACCUCGCUCCUUGUUGCAAGCCGCAAAGGAAGUUCGACUGCUGCGCUUAGGGGCGGAAGCCGAGUCUCUGGAACCCUCUGGGCGUUUCGAGACAGCAACAGACGAAUUGGGCAUCAAGAUCGCCUCGAAACCUGUACCCUGGCAAGACAGACGUGACGGGAUUACCCCAGAGGAACACGUGGCCAUCCGAGAAGAAGAUGCGCAAAUGAUGGCCACAGAAAACUCAUUCAUUUCUGCUCCUCCGAGAGAAGCCACCAAACAAGCAAACACCGAACAGGUUAGCGUACGGAUAUGGGAUCGGAUUUAUGAGUUGCACGUGCCGACUUACGUACUCGACGAUAUCCAUCGCCUAAUCGCCGACAUUUUGAAAGAAUAUCAAGGCACGAUUAGCGUGACAGAUACCGAUAUCGGUCUAUCGCUGAUCAUCCAGCACGAGAUUCAGACCCGAAAUCACCCCCUGAUCCAUUGCAAGCCGUACCGAUACUCCCUCACGGAACGAAAGACAGCCUUGCAACGAGUCAGAGAAUUCGAACUCAGCGGAUGGAUCGAGCCGGCCACACGGCCAUGGUCGUUCCCGGUUGUGCUAGUGCCUAAAAAGAACGGGUCGAUCCGCAUCUUCAUUGAUUAUCGUAAGUUGAAUGAGGUCACGAUCAAGGAUGUUUACCCCUUACCUAGGAUUGACGAUUUGUUGGAUGCGAUUGGAUGUGCGAAUUAUUUCAGUAAGUUUGAUAUUCGGCACGACUUCUACCAUAUCCUGGUGAAGGAGGAAGACCGGCCGAAAACUGCGUUUGUUCUGUUUGAGGGCACGUGGCAAUGGGUGAGGUGUCCCAUGGGAAUCUGCAAUGCGCUGGUGACAUUCCAGCGCGCGAUGAACGUCACUUUCCAAAACUUCGUCAACAAGACACGGCUCACGCAGGGGAUGAUUAACUUUUGCGUGAUCGUAUACAUGGACGACAUCCUGGUGUAUUCGGAGACGUACCACGGGCACGCACAGCACAUCGAAUGGACACUUGGGGCAUUGCGGGAUGCAGGUUUCAAGAUUGCUAUCGAGAAGAGCGAGUUCUUCUUGCCAGAGAUUUCGUUCCUGGGAUACGUGGUGACACGUGGCGGACUGCGACCGGACUCCAGAAAGGUCGCGGCGGUAAAGGAAGCACCGGUCCCUACAACACUGACGCAGGUUCGAGCCUUCCUGGGACUGGCGUCAUACUACCGGCCGUUCAUCAAGGGGUUUGCCGCGAUAGCGCGACCGCUGACGAAUCUGCUACGCAAGGAACAGCCCCUAAACUGGGAUUUGGAGUGUGACCAGGCCUUCGCCACACUGAAGGGGACCUUGGCCACGACUCCAAUUUUGAUCCGGCCGGACCCAGCCAAGCCGUUCAUAUUAAUAACGGACUGGCAGCCGGAAGCGAUCUCGGCGAUCCUAGCGCAGAAGGGGAACGACAGACGCGAGCACGUCAUCGAGUACGCGUCGCGGACAGUGCUAGACGAACGCAGGAACGACUCCGCUCCGCAUGGUAAAUGCUACGCAGUAGUAUGGGGGAUUCAGCAUUUCCAUCCGUAUCUGUACGGGCAGAAGUUCCAGCUGGUCACGGAUCAUGAGCCACUGCUCGCGCUCAAGAAGCUCACUAAUUACACGGGCAUGAUCGGGCGCUGGGCAGUACGGUUGCAAGAGUACGACUUCGACAUCGUGCACCGAAAGACGGAACGACACGGCAACGCUAACGGGCUGACACUUCUGCAUCGACCGGCAAAAGUGCUCAAGGGUGACGAGAUCACCCCGUGGAAGGAACCGAGGCCAAAUAACGAACCUAAUGGAAUCGGGACGGAGCAAGCCAUCAACAGGACGAACGGUGGGAGCUCCUUCUUAUCCAAGCGUGGCGCACCGAGGUGGAGGGAGAUCUUCUUGGCUUUCUAUUUGGAUCUGUGCGCCUUGGCAGCCGCAGGCUCCUCGUUCGGGAACUCACGGUCGUCGUCGCGCAUCUGGCCGACGAGCUCGACCUCAGCAUCAUCGUGCACGUUGACGAGCGAUUGGUCCCUUACCCUGCUGCCGUAUCUGCAGUGGUCGGCCUGCAUAGACGACUUUCCGCAGGGAAUUCCACCGUCGCGGCUGGAUUACUUAGAUCCGCACGACAUCAUCGACAUCGCUUUCUUCCAACCUCCUCUUCCGGAAGAGUUGGAAGAAAAAAUCCGGGAAGAGCUGGCAGAAGAAAGUUCGGAGGAGGAGCCGAACGAGCACGAAGAAGAACAGGAGGAGAACCAGGAAGAAGAAAAGGACGAGGGAUGGCGCCGCCUUAACGUCAUCAAAGUCUAUUGCGUCAUCUCUGGACUCAUCCCCGCUUGCACGGAUCACCGCCGUUUUCGUGCAGCGCUGCUACGAACCUUUAAUUCCCUCUAUCCCGACUAUCUCGCCUCCAUCCCCACUACUAGCCGCCGCUUCCCCCGCUUCCAUCGCAUCGUUCAUCAUCGGGCUAUCCCGGAGACGAUCGAUGCCUCCCGCCCAUUCCCACCCGUCCUCCAUCAGCACCACCCAUAGCCUUUAGCCUCCCCUUUCCCAUUACCCGUCAUCCAUAAAGACAAGAUACGUGCCUGCCGCACAG